AUGGGUGCUUAUCGUUCAAAACCGGAAAAAGAAAAAAUUUAUGAAAGUGGAGGAAAUGAAUCUAUUCGGUUUGCUUCUUGCUCAAUGCAAGGUUGGCGUAUACAUCAAGAGGAUGCACACAAUUGUAUUAUUGACUUUAUGCCGAAAAUGGGCUUUUUUGCUGUUUAUGAUGGACAUGGAGGUCCAGAAGUAGCUCAGUAUUUAUCACUUCAUUUUCCUGAUUAUUUAAAAAAUUCGCAAAUUUUGAACAAUUUUGACUCUGAAAAUCUUCCAAAAUUAGAAGAAAUUCAAAAUUUGCUUGGACAGGCUUUUUUACAAUUUGAUGAGACUUUGGCUAAUCCAAAUGUUAUGGAAAAAUUGACUGUUUUGAAGGGGGAUAGUUCUCAACAGAAAGAUUCGCCAAAAACUGAAAAAGAAGAGCAGGAUGAAUUAAUGGCAGAGGCAAUAGCUUUAUCAGAAGAAUCGAGAACUAGUUUAGACAAAAUAAUUAAACGUUAUACAAAAUAUCAAGAAUAUCUCAUUAAAAACCAACCGCCAGAAAAUGUGGAAGGGGAAGUUGAGGAAGAAGAGGUUAUUGAAUGGUCAACUGAAAGAGCUUCUCGUCGGGCAACUAAACGUUCUGUUAUGCUUUUUAACUCUCCACAAAUUCCGAAGCGUAUAAAAUUGAGUGGACAGUCGGAGACGGAGAAAGAAACUUGUGGAUCUUCUAAAAGUGCAUCUUCAGAAACUGAAAAGCCUCCAGAGGAAAAGGAAACUUGUAUUGAUGAUAUUCCAGUUCCAAUGGAUAAAGAAGAGACAAGUCCAACAAACGGAAAAAUUGACGAAAAAAUUAAUAAAAAUAAUAACGAAGAAGGAAAUGGAAAAAUUGAAGCAGUUCAUUUAAUUGCUGGUAAGGAGGAAGAACUUGUAUUGCCUGCUUUGGAAGAAUAUGUUGUUUCCUCGACUUCAACUACUUCAAAUACUAUUGAUUCUGGACAAAAAAUUAAAACACCAAAAAAGACGACAACAACACCAAUUAAAGAAGAAAAAAAUCAGAAUAUUGUUGAACAAGUUGAAGAAGGUCCAAGUAGUAGUAGCAGUAGUUUGGACAAAGAUAAUAAACCAGGAAUUGCUCAAUUACUUGAGGGUUUGGAUGAAGGAAAUAUUAAUAAUGAAGAAGAAGAUUCUGAUUAUAAAGUUGAGGAUGAUGAAGGGGAUGUAGCUGAUUCUACUUCUAAUGAAGUUGAAGAUGAGGAAGAGGGUGAGGCUGAAGAUGGAGCUAGUGGUGAGGAUGAAGAGGAGGAGGAUGAUUCUCUUGAAGAAGAAGAUUUGAAUUCUUUAAUGAUGAGGACUGGAAGUACUCGUGCUGGUUUCGAUUCUGGUUCUACUGCUUGUGUGGCUUUUUUGCUUGAGAAACAUAUAAUUGUUGCUAAUGUUGGAGACACUCGUUCUGUCCUUUGCCGUUCCAAAAAAGCUUUAGACCUUUCAUCAGAUCAUAAACCUGAAGAUGAGUUGGAAAAGGAGAGGAUUGUUGCUGCUGGUGGAAAUGUUAGUUCUGAUGGACGUGUUAAUGGAGGUCUCAAUUUGAGCAGAGCAUUUGGUGAUCAUUUUUAUAAACAAGAAUCUAAACUUCCAUUGAGUUCUCAACAAAUUAUUGCACUUCCGGACAUAACAGUUACUCAAAGAGAUUUUGAAAAUGAUGAUUUUUUGGUUGUUGCUUGUGAUGGAAUUUGGAAUUCUUUAACUAGUCAACAAGUCUGCGAUUUUAUUUUGGAACGAAUUAAUCGUAUUGGAUUAAAAGAAAUUGUAGCUGAGAUUUGCGAUCAUUGCUGUGCAAAUGACACUGGUGGUGAUGGGACUGGUUGUGAUAAUGAAACAAUAAUUUUGAUUGAUCUCAAAAAAGAAAGGCCAAUAUCGCCACAAGUAACAUCAUCAACAUUAAAUAUUGAACAAGAAAAUCCAAAUCAACAACAGCAACAACCAACAACAAUAAUUUCAUCAAAUCCAACAGAAGAGCAAUCUACAGCAACAACAAUAUUACAAAAAGAAUCUCAAAAUCUAAAUGAAAAUGAGAAAAUGGGGGGAGAAGAAAAGGAAGGGGAGGGGAAAUAG